UCACCUGACUUAUGCGUAGUGGAAACCCGCGGGCUCAACUGGGUCCUGCGGCAUUCUGUAGGUUUCCAGCACUUUAAGGUUGGCAGGCGGGGUUUCUUUGGCUGCUCUCUUCCAUCCCCAGCCUUUCCCCGAGAUUGCGGCAGCUGCGGGCCGGACAGGUUAGGGACUCAGCAGCGCCAGCGCAGGCGGACGCCCGCCUCCUUUGCCCUCUACUGCGGCGUGACGUGCGGCCGUCCCUCCUUUAGCCCCCCGGCUUCGCUCGCGUUUUCUGGCGUCGGAGUCGGUGCGCGGAUCACAGAGGAGGGCUCGCGUUCCGUGGUUCUGCUGCUCCCGGGCGGCGCCGUCGCCACAGUGGCGGCCACUGCCUCUCCUUCCACCUCCGCUUCCCUGGGUGCCGUGGUGUCGGCAGGUCCAGAGCCUAUGACGGGCCAGAGCCAGUCGGUAUCUGGGUCGACGGCAUGGAGUACGAUUUUCCGUCAUGUCCGGUACGAGAACCUGGUGGCGGGAGUAAGUGGUGGGGUCCUGUCCAACCUCGCGCUGCAUCCGCUCGACCUCGUGAAGAUCCGCUUCGCUGUGAGUGAUGGACUGGAACUGAGGCCAAAAUAUAAAGGAAUUUUGCAUUGCUUGAGUACUAUUUGGAAACUUGAUGGACUUCGGGGACUCUACCAAGGAGUUACCCCAAAUGUGUGGGGUGCAGGUUUAUCCUGGGGACUCUACUUUUUCUUUUAUAAUGCCAUCAAAUCAUAUAAGACAGAAGGAAGAGCUGAACGGUUAGAGGCAACAGAAUACCUCAUCUCAGCUGCUGAAGCUGGAGCCAUGACCCUCUGCAUUACAAACCCAUUAUGGGUAGCAAAAACUCGCCUUAUGUUACAAUAUGAUGGUGAUGUUAACUCUCCACAACGACAGUAUAAAGGAAUGUGUGAUACCCUUUUGAAAAUAUAUAAGUAUGAAGGUGUGCGUGGAUUGUAUAAGGGAUUUGUUCCUGGGUUGUUUGGAACCUCACAUGGUGCCCUUCAGUUUAUGGCAUAUGAAUUACUGAAAUUGAAAUACAACCAGCAUACCAAUAGAUUACCAGAAGCCCAGUUGAGCACAGGAGAGUAUAUAUCUGUUGCAGCAUUAUCCAAAAUAUUUGCUGUAGCAGCAACGUACCCCUAUCAAGUUGUGAGAGCUCGUCUUCAGGAUCAACACAUUUUUUACAAGGGUGUAUUGGAUGUAAUCACAAAAACAUGGAGGAAAGAAGGCAUCGGUGGAUUUUACAAAGGAAUUGCCCCCAAUUUGAUUAGAGUGACUCCAGCCUGCUGUAUUACUUUCGUGGUAUAUGAAAAUGUCUCAUAUUUUUUAGUUGACCUUAGAGAAAAGAGAAAAUAAGCUAAAAGAAUUAUCUAAUUCUAGUAUAUUUGCCAAGACAGCAGCAUGUUCCUUUGUUUUUAAAACGUAAGACUCAGAAUACUGCAAAAAAUACAUGGCUCAUAAUUGAAACUGAUCUGUAAUCGUUAGAAGUCAAAGAACUGUUAAGGUUUUGCAAUGUUUUUCUGCUUUUUGCCUUCCCAUAUUUGUGGCGCUUGGCUACCUCUGCCUCAAAUGGCUGCCAUCCCACAAUGUAAAACGGACAUUAAGUGUAGAGCUUCAUAAAGUUGUUCAUUUCAUUGUUCAGGUAGAAGCUGCUUUGCAACAUUUGCUACAUGGAUUUAAAUGAAUUUGCUGCUUUUUCUAAACUCAUUUGCCUGGAUUGGUUUUCAAAUUGACUAAUGUGCAAUAGUAAGAAGAUGGCUUCUUAUAAGAAUGUCAUUGUAUGUUUCAAGGGUAAACUAAACUUCAGUGAUUACUGAGAAAGGUAUUGCCCAAAUUCAGACCAUAUUAGAUUGGGAUAUUUUGGUAAGAAAGAAUCCACCAUAAAUAUGGUUUACUUUUAAUUCAGUUUUAAGGCAUUUACAAGAGAGAAUUGAGGAGUUUGAGAAAUAUCUGAUAUCUGUUGUUAUUCCAUUACUAAUGUUUGAAUUUUUCAGAUGCUUCUUCCAUGAUUUAAAGUGUAAUCUGGAUCCAGUUCUUGUUUUUUUUAGUAUAGACAGUGUAUUUUAAAUUUAUAAAAUUUGAAUUUCUAGGAUCCGGCUAUAUCAGUCUUUAUGUAAUAUGUAUGGCUAUAAAUUACUUAUUGGGGAUGCUAAUAGAUCCCCUUAUACAGAUGCUGGAAUGUUUGGGGUAUGUUUGUUGGCAAACUGUAUGGAAAUGAGAAACAGUCAGAAACUGUACCUUAUGGAGUAGAGUAAUACUCACUUAACUUUGGGAUAUCUGGGUCCAGAUCCCAAAUUAAAUGAUCAAUCUAUAUUGGUUGCUCAAAUUUAUGUUUAGAUACAAAUUACAUUAAUGAACAAUAUUGAUUUUACUUUCAUGAAUCGUUGUAAAUAUCUAUGAAUAUAAAGGCCUUCUCCAAAAGGAUGCCAGAAUAAUAAUAAAGUUUUUAUUUAUCAAAUA